AUGGGCUGCCUGGGGAACCAGCAAGCUCCCAGGGCCUUUCUGCUGCUUCCUCUAUGCCUCUAUUUCACUCAGCUCUCUAACUUGACUCAGUUUCAGGAAGAGAUCUUACCGUGUGGACAUCUCAGUGAGUAUGAUGUGAAUGGCAUACUCACUGCUAAAGGAGACUUGUGGCUGUCAGACAACCGUUUACUUAAAUAUCAGGCUCUAUUACUUGAAGGGCCAGUGCUGCGACUGCGCAUUUGUGCAACUCUUAACCCAGCCACAUUUCUUCCAGACAAUGAAGAAAAGAUAGAACAUAACUAUCGACAAGUAAUUGCUCAAACCUAUGCCGCUCAAGGGGAUCUUUUAGAGGUUCCCUUGACUGAUCCCGAUCUCAACUUGUAUACUGAUGGAAGUUCCUUUGUAGAAAAAGGACUUCGGAAAGCAGGGUAUGCAGUGGUCAGUGAUAAUGGAAUACUUGAAAGUAAUCCCCUCACUCCAGGAAUUAGUGCUCAGCUGGCAGAACUAAUAGCCCUCACUGGGGCACUAGAAUUAGGAAAAGGACAAAGGAAUCAAAGCUGUAAAACUACAAAUAGUUCUUCAAAUGGAGCCCCAGAUGCAGUCCAUGACUAA